CACAACUCGCAUCUUUUUGUCGUGCGAAAGUAUCGUAUUCUUGCUUGUUGCUGAUCUUUGCAGCUAAUUGCUCCCUACCAUGAGCUCGUUGCCUCUUUCAACCUCGGAGGCUUCUCAGGAAGUUGCCAUUCGCAUGGGAAAUGAAGGCAUUGCCUCACUCCCGCCCAAAACCGUCAUGCAGAACUUUGAUGCGCAGGUGACGAAGAAUGGAAACCGCACAGCCUUGUACCACAAACGCCCCAAGCAGGGCCAAGACGUGGCGGAUGUCGCUUGGACGAAGUAUAGCUGGAAGGAAUAUCGUCAGCAGGUCGACAGUUUUGGUAAAGCUUUGCUCAAAGUAGGCUUUGCCCGUUUCGACACGAUCAAUAUUAUUGGAUUCAACGCUCCCGAAUGGUUCUUUGCGAACUUUGGUGCUAUCGCGGCGGGAGGAAUCCCUGCCGGUGUCUACACGACCAACAACCCGGAAGCGUGCGCGUACGUAGCCGAGCAUUCGGAGGCCAAGGUCGUCGUCUGUGAAGGCGUCAAGCAACUCGAAAAGUACUACGAAAUCAGCAGGAAUUUGCCCAAUUUGACGGCUCUGGUCAUGUACGGAACCGAUAGUAUUCCGGAGGACGUCAAGUCCAAGUGUUCCGUUCCGGUUUACACCUUCGAAGGGUUUCUUGACCUUGGCAAAGAUGUCUCCGAUACGGAUUUGAAAGCCCGUACGGACUCGUGGAAGGCAGGGGAGACGUGCACUUUGAUCUACACUAGCGGAACGACCGGUCCUCCCAAGGCGGUCAUGAUCACCAACGAUAACAUCACGUGGACCAUUGAGACCUUGAUGGGUCGCACGCGCAAGGGAACUCUGGACCACAACGACGUCAUGAUUUCGUACCUUCCCCUCAGUCAUAUUGCCGCGCAAAUGUUGGAUAUGCACAACCCAAUGGCGACGGGGACGCAGCUCUAUUUCGCCGAUGCGAACGCGCUGAAGGGAUCCUUGGGACAAACCCUCAAGGAAGUUCGGCCUACGGUCUUUUUCGGUGUACCUCGUGUAUGGGAGAAGAUUUACGACAAGCUCCAGGAAGUCGCCCGUUCUAGUACCGGCAUAAAAAAGAUGCUAUCAACCUGGGCCAAGGGUAAAGCGGCUGCUCACUGGGAGUCUCUCGAAUACGGAUCGAAAUCCGGCAGCCCUUUCAUGCUGUUCCUGGCCAAAAAGCUCCUGCACAAGGCGCACUUGGCUCUGGGUUUCGACCGUUGCAUUCAGUUUUAUGUGAGUGCCGCUCCCAUUGAAGUGAAAAUUCUCAAAUAUUUCAUGUCCCUGGAUAUUCCUAUCAUGGAACUUUUUGGUCAGUCGGAAUGUACCGGACCGCAUGCAGUCAACGGCUACGACGCCUUCAAGGUUGGAACGGUUGGACGCCCGUUGAUUGGAACCGAAACCAAGAUUGACGAGGCCACCGGGGAGCUUUGCUACCGUGGCCGUCAUAUUUUUGCUGGAUAUAUGGGUAUGCCCGACAAGACCACCGAAACGAUUGAUUCCCAGGGCUGGUUGCAUUCCGGAGACAUUGUGGCCAUCGAUAGCGAUCACCACCCUGAAAUCAAGAAACCCAGCGGUUUCAUUAGUAUUACUGGUAGAAUCAAGGAGCUGAUCAUUACAGCUGGAGGUGAAAAUGUUGCGCCAGUCUUGAUCGAAGACGAGUUGAAGGCCGCCAUGCCAGCGUUGGCCAAUGCGAUGGUUAUUGGAGACAAGCGCAAAUUCCUGAGCGUCCUCCUGUGCCUCCAAGUCGAACCCGACAUUGAAGGCAAUCCGACCAACAAACUCACCGGAAACGCAUUGGAAGCCGCCAAAACUAUUGGAAGCAAGGCCAAGACAACUAACGAAGCUCGUGACGACCCCAAGUGGAAGGAGUAUUUCGAUAAGGGUCUCGAAGUGGCUAACAAGAAGGCGAUUUCUCGCGCUUCUCGUGUCGGAAAGUGGGCGCUGCUUUCCACAGACUUUAGCGAAGUUGGCGGCGAAUUAACUCCUACUAUGAAGUUGAAGCGCAACGUUACGGCGGAAAAGUUCGCCGAUACUAUCGACGCCAUGUACGCGUAGAUGGUUCUACUUCAUGGAUUGCGCAUCCACGAGUGAAUCUACCUUGGUGAAAAUCCAGAUAAUCGUAUCCCAUUUGCAUAGUCUCUUUAUUUGUAAGCAUGAGUAAUAACAAAAUCUUGAUUUUCUCAGUC